AGCAACAAGGGAAAUGGUGUUUACCAAAUCAGUGUUGGAAAAAAUAAAUCUAUUGACGUGUACUGUCAAAUGACUAAAGUCUCAGGAUGCUAUGGCGGCGGUUGGACAAUGGUGAUGAAGAUUGAUGGAAGCUUGGUAAGCGUGUGUGCAGAUUGAAUGAUUAUGUCUGCUUUGGAUCUCAUUGCUUAAAGAUGUCUUAUACGAAGACGAAACGUUUGCUUUUUAGUAAAAAUUUUGAAAUAUAUUUUUGCUAUGGCUAUUUUACGUAUUGUUGGGCAUUAAUAUAUUUUUUAAGAUUAAUGAUUAUAAUGUAUCUGCGAAUCAGGACGCAAAUAUACUUGUAUACAGCGAUGCGUGCAAGUUUCCUGUAAACAAAUUAAAUUCCACGUUUUCGUCAGAUUUUGUUUGUUUGUGUGUGUGUCUUGCUUUUCCCGGUAAAAUAAACCGAAUGUGCAAUUAGCCUAUUGUAUAAUCAAUGCACGAUAUAACUUAUACGUAUUAAUUAAUUAACCCGAUUGCGGAGGUAUGCAGGCUCAGAGUGUCUUCUAGUUUCUUAACGUAUUUGUUUUUAUAGAAUACUUUCAAAUACAGUUCCUCCUAUUGGACGAACAAAACAACUUACAAUGACACUGACUAUGGGCGAAACGGCGGUUUAGACAACGGGCAAUAUAAAGGAUCGACUUACUCGGCAACCUCAUUUGAAGAAAUUUGUGUUGGUAUGAAAUAUGGUGGUAAUUUUAGAGCAUUCUCUUUCCGGUAUCCGGCAUCAUCAUUGUAUGAUUUGAUCGCAGACGGAAACUAUCGACACACUGACGUUAGUCGCGAGCAGUGGAAAGGUUUAAUCAAUGGAUCAUCCUUACAGGAGAAUUGCACGAGACAAGGAUUCAACGUGCGAGGUAAUAUCAAGAUCCCAAAUUAUGGAGUAUUUGUAAAAGUUCGGUUGGGCAUUAUUGCAAACAACGAAAAUGAUUGUGUUACAGCCGACUCUUUCGUAGGCCUGGGAGCUGGAGGUGGUCUGAAUUAUCCCAGGAGCUGGUGUAGAUCUUCGCAUACAUCUGCAAACGCCGCCGGUAAUCUUGCCCAGUGUGGUGCAGACAACGGAAACAAGAAUGCCAGAGCCAUGGCAUACAUAUUGGUUCGUUAAAAGAACUGAGUGGUCCGAUUUACACUAGAGAUGGAUCAAUCGUUAGAACGCAUCAUCUGUCAGACGGAUCAUUCGGUGAUAUGUUGCACGAUGCAAUAUUUACUGCAACUUGCAAUGCAUUUUUGGGGAUAGUCUAUAUGGCGCGGGUCGCGAGUCAAUAGAAAUGGCACGGGUCCAGCGAAAAUGGCGCGAGUCCAACGAAAAUAGCGUGGGUAACAAGUUCCGAGAAGCGAGUAAAAAGUUCCAAGGCGCGGGUAAUAAGAUCAAUUGCCCGGUACUUAUAUUCAAGAUGGCGGCUAUUUUGACUAAAGUUCUGCAAUUAUAUAUUCGGUCAAAUAUCGUCUUAUUCUGUGGAAACACGCGAGCUUUAAAUUAAACUAACAGACAUCAAUUAACUUAAGUAAAUCACGUUUGGAGGCGAUAUCUUUUUAAACACAAAGAGAGUGGACAGUUGUCACUGUCACUGUCGGUAUAUCAUUUUAUUUUUAUCAUGACAUUUUUAUUGAUUUAAUUAUAUGAUCAGUUUGACAUAUUCCUGAAUGCAUCUUAAAACCUGAUCAUUGUCCAAAAAUUGUCAGAUAGGCACUUUCACACUCAAUUUAUUAGAUAUUAGCAUGUAGUUCGCCCCACUUUAUGCACCAGUCAGUGGUUUCCCCCUGGGGAGGGGGGGGGGGGUUAUCGGGCUUACCGACAGGAUUUGACAUUUUGCUAAAAAUUUCUGUCAAUUUCACCCAAUAUGGGGCGACCUAACGAAGUCAAAGUACGUCAAACUCCGUCAAUGUGCCCCAGCCCCAAGAUGCGAGGCUAAAAUUUUCAAAUUCCUGACCCUCAGGAUGCAUGUUAUUGUCAAAUCUCUGUCCCAGGGGAUACCCCCCCCCCAUGCGGCAAUCCACUGACUGGUGCAUUAGAAAUUACAAAUUUACUCUGUACUAGAGGUGCGCAAAUCCAAUCCGAAUCCGAUCGGGUUCGUUCCGAUUUCGGAACAAAAAUAUUUAUUUCGGAUUGGAACGGAUUGAUAAAGUUGUUUCGUAGUCGGAUUGGAUCGGACUUCGAUAUUCGAAAUAAAAUGAAUUAAUUAUCGACGACAACGGGGCUGUUGCUGCAUUAUAUUAUUGUUUGAUAAUUCAAUUGGACUUCACUUUGUCAGCUUCUUGACAUGUAUUUCUAGCUUUUAUAUUUAUUUGGUUAAAUAUUUCCACUUGAAUAUGAAAAACAUAUUUUAUUAAAGGAUUCUUCGGAUCGGAUCGGAAUUCUUUGUCCAAACUCGGAUCGGAUUCGGAUUAGACAGUUUCGUAUCAGAUUUUAAACAUUAGACAAUUGUUAGAUUAUAAACGUUCGAUCCAAUGCAGACCUCUACUCUGGACUGUUAAAUGCCAGACGAUUUUCCUGAUCGAUAUCAAACUGAUCAUAUAAUUAAAUCAACAAAAAUGUCAGGAUAUGUGAAUAAAAUCAAGCAAUUCACAAAUUAUUAAAUUUUGAUAGUGAUUACUGGUAUAAAUAACUGACAGACUCCUUCCAAGUAUUCCAUUUCCAACUGUCCUGAGUCCUGACUGUCCACCGACUCUCCGUGUGUUUAAAAAUAUGCUGAGUAUCACGCCUCCAAACGUGAUUUACUUAAGUUGAUUGAUUGAUGUCUGUUAGUUAAAGUUUAAAGCUCGCAGAGGUUCCACAGAUUGAGACGAUAUUUGACCGAAUAAUUGCAGAAUUUUUAGUCAAAAUAGCUUUCAUCUUGACGAAAUACCGACUAAUUGAUCUCGGAACUUGUUACCCACGCUUAGGAACUUUUUACUCACGCCUCGGAACUUGUUACCCGCACCAUUUUCGCUGGACCCGCGUCAUUUCUACUGACUCGCGACACGCGCCAUAUAGACUAUCCCCAGUUUCUGCAUGUCUCAGAGCCUUGCUAGAAUUUUCUGAGCAUGGUCCACGGUUUACUCUGCCAACAUUUUUCAUCCCGUUUCUUUCAAGUUUUGACAGAAUAGAAUGUGGGUCAUUUUCAUCAUUUCUCUAUAGUUACGUUUUAGAUAACAUGGCUCACUCAUUUGGCUCUGUAUAUCUGAAGUUGCAGCAGAAGUUGCCUCGCUUGACAUGGCCUUAACGUAUAGUGUAAACACUAUAGACAAACCAUCUCUAGCAUAAAACGGGUCAUUCACAUUAAAGAUUCAUUUAACAUAAUAUUCACAAUGGCUAAUUAGUAUAGUAAAGGAAACUAGAUGAAAUCACAAUAAAUCUUCAAUGUUAGGGGACUAUAUAAUCAUAUAUUUAUAAUAGCACGAUAUCAAUUUUACUUUAAGUUGAUGAUUAUCAUAUAUACUUGCUUUAUUUUAAUCAACAUUUUUCAAAUAUCGAGCAGUUUUCAGAAUUGCAGUGUUAAAAUCUUGGCAUUGUGAAAUGCAAUCAAGGGUUGGGUACAUUAUGUAAUCUAAAUUGAAGUGUAGGAACAUGUAAUCCAAAUUAGGUAAUCUUAAUUAAACACAUAAUCGAUCAA